AGGGGGGAAAAGAAAGAAGAGAUGAAUAGAGGGGAUAUGGAAGAAGUGAUGAAGGAGAAAGGAAAGGUAUGUGUAACGGGAGGAAGUGGUUAUCUUGGAUCAUGGAUGGUUAUGAGACUUCUUCAACUUGGUUAUUAUGUUAACACAACUAUUAGAUCUCAUCCAGAUCGCAAGAAGGAUGUUAGCUAUCUCACAAAUCUCCCAGGUGCACAAGAAAGGUUGAAUAUUUUUAAUGCUGAUCUACACAAACCACAAAGUUUCAAUGCAGCAAUUGAAGGUUGCAUUGGUGUAUUUCAUGUUGCACAUCCAAUUGAUUUUGAAAACAAAGAACCUGAAGAAACAAUAACACAAAGAACAAUUAAUGGGGCAAUAGGUAUUUUACAGGAAUGUCUCUCUUCAAAAACAGUUAAACGUGUUGUAUACACUUCUAGUGCAUCUACGGUUGUGGGUACUGGAAGUUCCAACGUCAUAAUCAAUGAAUGCUCAUGGACAGAUGUAGAUAUUAUGAGAACAUUGAAGCCUUUUGCAAGUUCUUACAUAAUUAGUAAGACAUUGACAGAAAAAGCAGCUCUAGAAUUUGCUGAAAAAAAUGGUAUCGAUCUUGUGACUGUAAUCCCAACUUGGAUACAUGGUACCUUUAUUACUCCCCAAAUUCCUGGCUCUGUUCAUUCAUCCAUGGAAAUGAUUCUUGGUCAUCAAAAUUUUAGUAUGAGUUACCCUCCAAUUGUACCUUUUGUACAUGUAGAUGAUGUGACAAAUGCUCACAUUUUCCUUUUUGAAAAUCCUAAUGCAAAAGGGAGGUAUAUUUGCUCAGCUGUUGAAAUAACAAGGGAAAAGCUAGCUGAGUUUCUUUUGACAAGAUAUCCUGAAUUUCAAAAACAAAUUACUGAGUACACAUGGACAAGUACAAAAGACCUUAAAGGGUCUAGCAUUUCAUCAAAAAGACUUUUGGAGACUGGAUUCAAGUACAAGUAUGGCCUUGAGGAAAUGUUUGAUGGAGCAAUUGAAUGUUGCAAACAAAGAGACAUACUCUAAUCCCUUUACAUCAAGUAAACCUAAGAAGCUUCAUUUUAUAUGAAGUGGAUAAGUGUGACGAUCCAUUUGCUCAU